AAUGUGACUUGCCCAAGGUCACCCAGUAGGUUUCCAUGGCCAAGUGGGAAUUUGAACCUUGGUCCCCCGGUGUCCUAGUCCAACACUUAAACCAUAUAUUACACUGGCUCUAGCCUAGCCCUAAGGAUAAUAAACUUUUAUAUUCCAUUAUAUGUAUUGCUUACCAUUUUAUCAGUUUAAAUUAUCAUGCUACAGUCCUCAUGGUACCACCUUCAAAUAUGCAUGUAAUACUUUUCAUUGAAUGUACAUAGCCAGUUGUUUUUUGUUUUUGUUUUUUAAAAAGGCAUGUAUUCAGAUAUGUGAUUUCUUUACCCAUUCCAUGUGGACUGAGCCAGAUAAUGUGAUGAACAGUUGGAUGGACUGUCUUACUUUUAGUGUCAAGACAUUCUUCCAAGGUGCACCAUUCAUGUUUGCCUUCUUAUAAUUGUUGUAUAUCUCCUCUCUCCUUUUCAGUUCUGUGUAGAGAAGGUGCUACAGAAGGAGCCUUUGGAUUCACAGAGAGUGGCCUUGCUCGGUGGCUCGCAUGGAGGCUUCCUAUCCUGCCAUCUCAUUGGUCAAAAACCUGGCACUUACAAAGCUUGUGUUGCCAGGAAUCCUGUAGUCAAUAUAGCUUCUAUGGUUGGAAGCACUGACAUCCCUGACUGGUGCUUGACUGAGGCAGGCUUACCUUAUGACUAUGCUGCUCUACCAGACCCUGCACAUUGGAAAGAGAUGCUGCUUCAUUCACCUAUGCAGUAUGUCGAUAAGGUUCAGACACCCGUUCUCUUAAUGAUAGGAGAAGAAGAUAGACGGGUACCCCCCAAGCAAGGCUUGGAGUAUUAUCAUGCUCUCAAGGCCAGGGGAGUUCCAACCCGGAUGUUGUGGUAUCCAGGAAAUAACCAUGCACUGUCUGGUGUGGAGGCUGAGGCAGACGGUUUCAUGAAUAUUGCACUCUGGCUGAUCAAGCACCUGAAAUGAUGACAGCAGAAGCUGGGCUACACCUUUAGUAAUCAUAUCUAUGUUAAGCAGUGUGGCUUGCUAAUGGAUUCAAAUCUCUUAGAUUCCAAACAGCCAGUGCUCUUCAGAGCUUGAAUUGGUACAUAACAAUGGCUGGGAUACAUCUAUCAGGUCCACUCCAUUGUACCUCAGCCACUGAGGCGAUGGUGAUCACGUACUUCCUGCCGAAUCUUGAACUCUUAUAAAUAGUUCCACCGUAAUAGGUGGCUAUCCACACUCUGAUGCAGGAGUCCUCUUCAAUAUUAAUGAUGUUUUUGUUGUUAAUGCUAGUAUUUGGAGACAGAACUGGAAAGGAUGAGCUCCAAAGGGUCCAGCUGCAAAAGAUUAAUUAAUAAACACCUUUGAUUAAAGUUCAGUCUUAAAAGCUGACUUGCGAAGUAAAUUUGGAAAUGAGUGGGUCUCAUCCACUAGUGAGAUGCCUCAUCCCCUAGCAUCUUGAAUUUUUUUGAAUAGAAGAUACUGUGUAUACUCAUGCAUAAGUCUAGAAAUUUAGGUCAAAAAAGACCCAAAAAACCUGA